UAAACGCUUGCGAAGGGCACAACAAGUGCACGCGUGCGAACUGCCCAGGAUUCGUUUAGAGAUUUUUCAGUUUUGUAGAGCCAACCCAAAGGAGCCAGAACAUCCGCACUGCAGGCGUGUAGUGUAGUGUAGAGUGAGUGCUGUGCUGUGCCGUGCUGUGCAGUGCUGUGAAAGGGAAAGUGCAAAGCAGGUGUGAGUGCUAGCGAGCGCGUGUGUGUGUGUCUGUGUGUUUAAAGUUAGCAAGUGUUUACCCAAAGUUGACACAACAAAAAAGAAAAAAAGAAGAAAUUUAUUAAAGCACAGCAAUAAACCGCUUUACACCUGCUCCACGUAGCUCCAUUGGCUUUUGGCUUUGCGCGCGAUUUUAUUUACUCAUUUUCAAAAUAUUCUUUAUCGACGGGAAGCUGCGCGGGUCUCUUAGACAACUUGGCGAAAAUGUAACUCCCUCAAUAAGCGAAUAUUCAGUGUCGGCAAACAAAUAAAGUUAAUUUUGUGCACUCGAUUGGAAAGCAAUUGCCGUGUCAUAUUGUGUGCAGUGCGAUUAAAAUGAGUUAAAUUGGUGCCAAAGAGAAAAUAGUGAAAAUCAUUUGUAAAUGCAACGCCACCGAUUUGGUCAAUUUAAUUAAUUAUCAUAAUUGGCCCAACUUGAAUUUUGUGAAGAUAAUCAAAACCCGAGAGAGAGAAAAAGUAACAGAUCAGUUUUCGAUCGCUAUAUUGUUUUGUCGAGUACAACUUAGUUUUGUGCAUUUCGGAAUUAAAAACCUUGAAACCUAAACCUAAUUGGAGGACGAGAGAAAAACAGCAGCAAAACCAGCAGCAAAUAUGUAUUACUUUUGGAUAACUGUUUUAUGUCUAGGAUUACUAGGAAUUAAGCCAACAAAUGGACAAUCGGAUGUGAAUGUUGAGCUGGUGGUGCCAAGGUAUGUGGAGCGAGGCUCGAGUGCCACAUUUAAAUGCAAGCACAACGUGGAAGAAAUGGUUUUAUUUAAGGUGACAUGGCUAAAGGUUGACAAGGGCAAAUUCUUCGAAUUUAUAAAUGGACGAAAUCCGCCCUUUCGCAAUUCAACUAUUGAAGGGGCUGAAAUCGAUUGGGAACGUUCGAACGAAACGCAGGUGACGUUGAAGAAUGUGCAAUUCGAUCUAUCCGGCCAGUUCUAUUGUGAGGUCUCGACGAAUACGCCCAUCUUCACCAAGCCAAGCGGCGAUGAGCUGAUGAGCGUCUACUUGCCUCAAACAGCGCCUCCCACUAUUAAGUUCCGCAAGCGCACACCCUUCGCCAUUGGCGAGAAGCUUUUUGCGCUGUGCAACACAACCCGAGGCAGACCGGCGCCUCACAUCACCUGGCUAAUCAAUGGGAAAAAGGUGGAGGAGAAAUAUGUUCGCACGCAUCACGUCUACUCAUUCAAUGGCAAGCAUCAGCGUCGCACGCAGCAGCAGCAACAGACUCAGCUGACCCAGCUGACUCAGCAGCAGCUGCAACAUUACUAUCAGCAGCAGUAUUAUAACCAAUAUCAGUCCCAAUACCACGUACCCCACCUCAUGGAUCGCUACGACAAGAGUUUGCGCUGGGGCGGUGCACGCCCAGGAGAUGAUUUCUCACACUUUGCCCCACAUCAUGGACACGAUGGACAUGGCCAUCAUGGUGGCGUUGGCAGCAUCUACAAUAAUCCGUUUAGCUCGUUGGCCAAUUACCAUGACUUGGGCGAGAUACACGAGAUACAUCAGCGCAACUAUGACAUGAACAAGAAGCAUAUGGAGCAGAAGAAGCAACAGCAGAUGGAGAUGAAAAAAACACAGGUGAGUCUCAAGCUAGGCCAUUAA